AUGAUCUUCACCGCGAUCAUUGAACAGCCACCUCAAGACGGCCAGGAGUCGACUCCUCCGCCUCCGCCAAAGAAGCGCGAGAAAUGGAUCACGUACCCGAUGCUCUCCCAUUGCACGUUCCGGCCGACGCCUCCAUCGUCCCGCCAGGCACCGUCAAUACGCAUCCAAUGCCGAGACUUUACGUUCAUCACGUUCAACUUCCCCACCACCGAGGUGGCGCGCGAGGCCUAUGAACAUAUCAAGUGUCGCACUUGCAAGCUUGGCACCGUCCAGAACCUAUUUGCCUUCAGCCAUAAGCCGCCCAAGAUGGAGAAAGAGGUCAACGGCUGGAAGCUCUACGACCCCAGAGCAGAGUUUCGUCGCCAGGGCAUCAGCGAGAAGCUGCCGGACAAGGGCUGGAGGAUCACCAACAUCAAUCAAGACUACAGUUUUUGCGACACCUAUCCGGCCGUUCUCGUUGUGCCGUCCAAGAUUUCCGAUAAUGUUCUCAAAUAUGCCAAGGAGUUCCGGUCCAGGAACCGAAUCCCCGCCCUCUCUUACAUCCACCCGGUCAAUAACUGCACCAUCACGCGGAGCUCUCAGCCGUUGGCAGGCAUCACCAGGAGGACCAAUGUCCAAGAUGAAAAGCUGGUAGCUGCUUCUUUCUCGGCUUCGACUGGUAACGGAGGCUCAGAAGACUCGUCACCAAUGUCGAGUCAGGCAGAGGUAUCCAACGGCAGCGUCAUGCUGGAGACUCAGUUGACGGAGACGGAACGAUACGAAGAUGAGCUUAUUUCCAGGUCUGCUGCGCUCUACGAUGAUAAGACCGGAAAGCGGCUCAUCUACGGCGCUCAGCAGAACAACCUCAUCGUUGACGCCCGUCCGACUAUCAAUGCCAUGAUGAAUCAGGUGCAGGGGAUGGGCUCGGAGCCGAUGGACAAGUACAAGUUCGCGCAAAAGGUCUUCCUCAACAUUGACAACAUUCACAUCAUGCGAAACUCCCUGCUCAAAGUGGUGGAGGCGCUCAAGGAUGCCGACCUGUCCCCUCUGCCCCCUAACCGCGAUCUACUGCAUCAGAGCAACUGGCUAAGGCACAUUCACGAUAUCCUCGACGGCUCGGCCCUUAUUGCCCGCCAAGUUGGCAUCAAGCACUCACACGUCUUGAUUCACUGCUCAGACGGCUGGGAUCGCACCAGCCAGCUGAGUGCCCUGGCUCAGGUCAUGCUGGACCCCUACUAUCGCACCAUUGACGGCUUCAUCGUCCUCGUAGAGAAGGACUGGCUGUCUUUUGGCCACAUGUUUAGGUUACGCUCAGGCCAUCUUAAUUCCGAGGAUUGGUUCACCGUACAGAAGGAUGCGUUCGCCGGUCUUAAGGUGCAGCCGGGGGAGAGCGAUGGACGGAGCGACGCUUUUCAAAACGUUCUCAGCGGCGCCAAGCGCUUCUUCAGCUCAAAUAAAGACGACGCCGACCUCGCCACCAUGGGCGAGACCGCCAGCGGCCAGGUGGUGGACGAGGAAGCCACCGUGCCGAAGAUGAUCAGUCCGGUUUUCCACCAGUUCCUCGACUGCAUGUACCAGCUGCUGCGGCAGAACAAGACGCGCUUCGAGUACAACGAACGAUUCCUCCGCCGUCUAAUGUAUCACUCAUACUCGUGCCAGUACGGUACCUUUUUGUACAACUCGGAGAAGCAGCGAAAAGAGGCCCGAGUAGCAGAGAAGACAUCAUCGGUGUGGGACUACUUCCUCUGCCGAAGAGCUGAAUUCACCAAUCCCGACUACGACCCGACAAUUGACGAUCAUGUCAAGGGGAAGGAGCGCAUCAUUCUGCCGCGUCUUGACGAGAUUCGUUGGUGGCAUCAGCUGUUCGGCCGGACCGAGGACGAAAUGAACGGUGCGCUCAACGCCGCGGCCAUUGCGGAAAGCGACCGGCAGGCUGCCGUCUCGAGCCUCCACUAUCCCAGCGUUGCCCGGGCCGAGGAGGCGCCAGAGACGACGACAUCGUCGGCCUCGAGUCCACGACCACCCAGUUUGUCAACCAGCCAAUCGGUGCUCACGUCAGUCGAGACUGCGCACGGCAUCCUGACGCCCGAAGACAGGCAUGCCGCGCUGCAGCACAGCGCGUCUGCCGAUGGGAUAGGCGCGUUUGCCGCCCUUCGCGACGGCAUCGCCGGUCUCAACAUUGGCAAGGCUGUCAUGUCCAACUUCGGCCGUGCCGCCGAGCCCGUUGCUGAAAGCUCGACUCCAGCCCCCAUUUCUCGCGAACAAGAGAUGCGGGAGAUGACGUAG